CUCUCUUUCACCUCUCUCUAUAUAUGGCAUGAGCUUUAUGGCCUUCUGAAUCACCCCCUUUUGGAUUCUCUCUCUCACCAUCCAUCCUCUGCUUUCUCUUCUAAAAUUUUCUCUUUUUCUGCUGCCAAGCUUCAAAAUCUAAUUCUUUAGGCCUUGCAGUAUGGGAAGCACUGAUGGAACCAGCUAUGGGGCUUUCACCUAUGAGAAUCUGGAGAGGGAACCAUACUGGUCAUCUGAGAAGCUCCGAAUUUCCAUUACUGGGGCUGGUGGUUUUAUUGCCUCCCACAUUGCUCGUCGUUUGAAGAGUGAAGGCCAUUACAUUAUUGCUUCUGACUGGAAGAAGAAUGAGCACAUGACAGAAGAUAUGUUCUGUCAUGAGUUCCAUCUUGUGGAUCUAAGGGUCAUGGAUAAUUGCUUGAAGGUAACAAAGGAUGUAGACCAUGUGUUUAACCUUGCUGCUGAUAUGGGUGGCAUGGGCUUCAUUCAGUCCAACCACUCUGUGAUUAUGUAUAACAAUACAAUGAUCAGCUUCAACAUGCUUGAGGCUGCUAGGAUUAAUGGAGUUAAGAGGUUCUUCUAUGCCUCUAGUGCUUGUAUUUAUCCUGAAUUUAAGCAGCUGGACACUAAUGUGAGCUUGAAGGAAUCUGAUGCCUGGCCUGCAGAGCCUCAAGAUGCAUAUGGCUUGGAGAAACUUGCUACAGAGGAGUUGUGCAAGCACUACACAAAGGACUUUGGAAUUGAAUGCCGUAUUGGAAGGUUCCAUAAUAUUUAUGGUCCUUUUGGAACUUGGAAAGGUGGCAGGGAGAAGGCACCUGCUGCUUUUUGUAGAAAGGCUAUCACUUCCACUGAUAAGUUUGAGAUGUGGGGAGAUGGACUUCAAACCCGGUCCUUUACCUUUAUUGAUGAAUGCGUGGAAGGCGUUCUUAGAUUGACUAAGUCAGACUUUCGAGAGCCAGUGAACAUUGGAAGUGAUGAAAUGGUCAGCAUGAAUGAGAUGGCUGAGAUUGUUCUCAGCUUUGAAAACAAGAAGCUUCCAAUCCAUCACAUUCCUGGUCCAGAAGGUGUCCGAGGCCGUAACUCAGACAACACUCUUAUCAAAGAGAAGCUUGGUUGGGCUCCUACAAUGAAACUGAAGGAUGGGCUGAGAAUUACGUACUUCUGGAUCAAGGAACAAAUAGAAAAAGAGAAAGCUCAAGGUAUUGACUUGUCCAUUUAUGGAUCAUCCAAAGUGGUGGGAACUCAAGCGCCAGUUCAGUUGGGUUCACUUCGCGCCGCUGAUGGCAAAGAAUGAAGCAGUUGAAGCUACAAAGCCGUAAUUUUCUACAUGUUGUGGAUAUCUAUGGUUUGGUUGUGAAGUAGUAGAGGGUAUUCGAGUAUGGAUCAUUAUCAGCUUAAACUCUUUGGUUUUUGUAUUUUGAACUGUGCUGCUGCAUUUCAGGGGGAGUUGCUUUGCUCCCAUUUUAUCAUCAGAUGUUUAGCAACCUGUUGUUUUUGGUAUUUGUAUAUUUGGCAAAAUAAUCUCAGACAUGUUGAAUCUUGUGAAAUCUAAUCAUGUGGGAUUGUUAUGGAGACAGCUGCAAUUCUGGGAAUAAAAUCCUUCAAUUAGAGGCUGCAAAAUUAAA